AAAUAUAGAGACAUUGUAAAUAGUUUUUUGGUACGGUUAUGCAGUCAGCAAGGAUAAAACAAGUUUUUAGUUUCAUUUUUAGUCUUAUUUUAAUCUGUUACAAAGACAAGACUGUUCUACAUCACUGUAAUAAGCUGGGCUGAUCAUUGUUUUGAUGCGAAGUGUUGUCAACAUUCUACUCUUCCCAUAUCUCAGCAUUUCAUGCUAAAGUCGUGACUUCUAUACUUAUCUGUCACCUAUCUCCGUAUCACACAUUAAAAUGACUGUUUUCAAUGCCGAUUUCAGCAUUUCAAAUAAGAUGUACAUUAAUCUCCUUGUGUUACCCUGCUGUUGCUCAUACACAGCAGCGACAGGAAGGUUGUCGGUAGAGAAUUUGAGGAAACGCUGUAUGACGCAGACAGACUGAGGUGCGGACACAUUAAGCAGCGCGCGGUGAUCACGUGGUUAAUUUGAUGCACUGACUGCACGAGGUGAUGCUGCGAGUGUUGUUUGCUGAUUUCAGUGGAGAGCAAUAAAGGCGUUUCUGUGCACGAGCUCAGCGAGCAUCAGUGCAGUAGCUGCUGUUGGAGCAGGUCUGUUAUGUAACAGUGUGAGCAGUCUGUAGCCUCUAGUUACUGUCAGACACACAACACCAUCCCGUGCUCUUUUCAGUAUUCUGCGUGACUACAGCCACAGUGACUAUGAACAACACAAACGAUACUGAAUCGGAUCAAUUCAACUACUACAAGACCAUUUUGUAUGAAUUUUACAAAGUGUACAUCUGGGUGCUGGUAGGUGUGGGUGUGCCUGGCAAUGUCGCCUGCAUCUUAGUAACCACAUCCAUGACCCUCACUACAGCCACCUUAUACAUGUCCUUGCUGGCCGUAGCUGACCUGUUGGCUCUGGUACUUAAGCUUAUAUUUCACCAGAUCUACCUUUACGACGUGCCAUUAAAUACCUUUGGUUGUAAAGCCGACGUGUUUGUAUCUUUAGUCAGCUGCUACGCCAACUGGACUCUGGUGCUGGUGUGUUGCGAACGGUUUUUAUCCAUUCGCUUUCCUCUCAAGAAGAAAAUCUACUUCACCAAGAAGAGAGCUAUUGUGAUCGCCGUGUUACUGGGCAUGAUACUGUGUUUGUGUUAUAUUUAUGAGUUUAUUCAAGUAGACCACAGAGAGAAGAAUGACUGUAAUUUUCCGAAGUCUUCUCUUGAUUUCGUCACAACCUAUUUUUACUGGAUUAUAGCCUUCAUCUACCUUUUUCUGCCCUUCAUCCUCCUUCUCAUCUUUCCUUGCCUCAUUAUCGUCAGUCUCAGGCGACAACGAAAGGCGCGCGAGGCCAUUGUAAGGACAACCCCGGACACGUCAGGGGAGACAACGCAGACAAGAGUUGAGGUCGCCAUCUCUGUCAUGGUGGUGUGGGAUGCAAUCGUCGUCUUUGUCACGUACGCCCCGAUCUGCAUCUUACACCUUAUUGAACUAUUCGACAUAGUGAAAUAUGAUACCCCUGACACAAGGUUUACGGUGUGGAUGUCAUUACUGAUAGCAAUAACUUUAUCAGAAGCGAACUACGCUGUAGACUUUGUGAUAUACUUUGCUGCCUCCAAGAAGUUCCGUUCUCGUUUUAAAAAGCUGAUCAGAAAAUGUUUGACCUGUAGGGGUAGAAGAGAUCAAGAGUAGCUAUGUAGAUGUACACUAUUUCGAUAUUAUAUGUAUCCUUUGUAUUUGAGGGAAACAUGAUGUUUGUAUCAGAUUUUUAAAAUGUGUAUUAUAUCUGACUUAAAAAUUUCGUGGCAUAAUCCUCUUUAAGUCUUUAAUUUUCAGUGUAUGUGCUAAGGACAGAGAGACACACACAUACGCCUACUUGUACAUAAGGUGACCGCGCAGACGGAGAGUAUAAGGCAGCGGUUCUCAACCUUUUACUUGUGACGACCCCCCUGACGAACACCGGUACGUCCGCAACCCCCCCC